UUACCAGUGGGCUCCUUAUUUUGGCAGUCUCAUAAAAUGCCCAAAAGCUUCAUGUAGCAAACACAGAAAGCUCGCAAAGAAUCAGAAAUUAACUCGAUACAAACCCUAAUUGCAGUGUAUCACCUAGUCGUGUAUCGGCUAUCAGAUCCCGAAAAGGUGCUAGACUUCAUGGAUUCCAACAUGCAGUCUCCAACCCCAGACAAUGUUGAGACAAAAGCAGCAUUCCGUAAACCUUCAAAUCAUGUAGGCAAUAGGAAGUACCGUCGCAGAUCUCCUGUUAAUGGGUCAUCUUCAUCUGAAGGGAGUCCUAAGAUAGAAAGGGACACUAGUCCAUUCUCUUCCAGGGGAGAUCCUGGAAAAGUUUCUGAGCGUCAACAUACAAGGAAGGAUGAGAGAGAAGAUAGGGAUUCUGGUCGGAGUCAGUAUGGCAAAGAUUCAUAUAGGCAUUUUGAUCGGUAUUCCUCUAGGAAUUCCCAUGGUUAUUCUAGGCAUGAUGAGUACAGCAGACAUGAAAAGCUUGCAGAUGAUGAAGAGCGACAUUACCAGACAUCAUCUCGUUCUGGUCUGGAAUCUAGGCGUGCUAGUCACUCUGAUCAUACCAGAGAAGAAAGUGAACGUGGUAGGUUAAGGGACUAUGUGCGCAAUGUUGACAAACACUCUCGUGAUAGAUAUGAUAAUUCAGGGCAUAGAAGCAAGGAUAAAGAGAGAGACUCCCGAGACCGUCAGAAAUUUAGGGAUAAAGAUGCAUCUCCUGACAGAGCUGGUUCUGGUAGGAAACAUUCUCUCACAGGCUAUGAAGAUAAGGAUAGGGAUCGACAAAGGCGGGGCAGAGAUGGUUGGGAUGAGAAAAGGGAUUAUCGUAGGAGUUCUGGGGACUACAGAAAUGAUCAUGCUCCCUACUAUGAAGAAUCCAGGGCAAACCAAAAUGAUUCAGGAAGGGGUCAUGAUGAGCAUCUGCAUAGGGAUUCCUAUAAGGAUGAGCAAAAGGAAAAGAAGAAAUAUGAUGACUGCGAUGCUAACAGGGUCAAGGAUAGAUAUAAUAGAGAAUCACAGGAGCAGAAUGAAGAUAAACCAGUUUUUGGGGGUGAAAAUCUAGAAUCUUUAGCUAAAAAGCCAAAGUUAUUUAGCUCUGAAAGGGAUCCUAACUAUAAGGAUGGCAAUGAAAAACAAUCUUUGAAGCAAGUGGAGGCUGAUACUAAAGUCACUGGAGGACAGGCCCAUGUGAAUAACUCGGAGGUUGCAAAUGACCUAAAUGCAGCAAAAGUUGCUGCGAUGAAAGCUGCUGAAUUAGUUAACAGGAACCUCGUUGGGGUGGGUUUUAUGUCAACUGAACAGAAGAAGAAGCUACUCUGGGGGAACAAAAAGAGCGCAGAUUCAGAAGAGUCUGGACACCGAUGGGACACUGCUCUGUUUGGUGACCGGGAAAGACAAGAAAAGUUCAACAAACUCAUGAGUCUGAGGUUGCCUUGGUACCUAUGGCCAAUUGUAGGGAGUGAAGGGCGAAGGGAAGGUAGAGCAAACCAUCAACGAAGAUGGCAAUGGUCGUCUAGAGGCAGAGAAGCAGAAGGAAGUACAGAUGGAUUUAGAGAAGCAAUACACUGCUGGUCUUCGACGAAGAGAUGGUCGUACUGUUGGAUUGGGUCUCUGAGCAAUUAUGUAAGAUCAUUUUGUACUCUUACAACAAAGCUUUCUGACUUUUUGUCGUACUCUUUUUCUAGACUCAUGGUUUUGUGCUUUUGUAAUGUUGGAGAGAACAUGCAAUCUAUUUCUGGACAUACCGUACUUCUGCUAAAUGGUUUGUUUGUUGUAGCUGAAGUUGUCCGAUGUGCAUGUGAAAUAUUUCUAAUGAUUAGUGAUGCUCAUUGUUGCUUUGACCAUAGGUGGUUAUCACAUAUAAUGUGUGCUUUAGUUGGUCAUAGACUUUGGUCUAGGCAAGAUUUUAAAGCAACCAAUCUGAAAUUGCUGGUAUCCAAUGAUUGAAUUGAUGGAUUUUGGUAGUAUGUCAUUAGUUUUGAAAUAUAUUUAAGUUUAGAAAAUAACAAUCAUGUUGGGUUCAGGAUUUAUUUGCUGGGUACUUGUUAUCGAACUUGUUUAUAUAUGUGCAUAUAUAUAUAUAUAUUUAUAUAUAUAUAUAUUUAUAUAUAUAAAUCAAUACAAUUUAAAUACUUUGUAGAAAUAUUAAAAUUUUGAAAUAUCAAUUAUCAUUAAGAAGCAUAUUUUGUGUUUAUUAAUUAAAAUAUUUAAGCUAAAGUGAGGAUAUUUUUGGGUAACUAAUUGGGUCUAGAACACGUUCGGGUAAUUUAGAAUUAUUAUAGUUAGGUUUAGGACGAGUUCAAGUAUUAAAAAUAUUUAGGUUUGCAUAUGAUGAUUUUCUGUCAGUUCUAUAUUUGUUGCUACUCCGUGGGCUAGGUUUGGCUGAUUGUUUUUAUGGGUGAGCCGUUUAAUUUGGGGUUUUUUUAUUAUUUUUUUUUUCAGUUAAAAUUGUAUAAACCAGAGAAAAUUAAUAAAUUACUAAUCCCAAUCCUUCCUUUGAGACUCUGGGGCUCAUAUAU